CCUGAACGCAGCAUCAGAGUCCUGUAACUGCGACUCUACACAGAUUAGCAGCACACUGUUGCUUUUAGGGGAGCCUUUUCUGUCACUAAAUUCAACAUUAAGACAUUAUUUGUGUACUUUACCGCUGCUAUAUUUUACGUACGAGUCUCGUGCGUCUCUAAAACUGCCAGCGGAGGGAAAUGACAUGUCAACGGCACAACUUAACGCUUUCUGCGGGGACUGAACUGGACCGCAGUGCCGUGAAGGAGACGGAGUGAAGCAGCAGCAGCGGCAGCAGCAGCAGCAGCGGCAGCAGCCAACUCAAGUUUACUACUGUUUCCUCGAUAACAAAGGGGCACCGCUUCUCUUCUCCCUGCCUCUAUUCGACGCCAUCGCACCGCCAAAGGCCCGGAAAAGAUUUUUUAAAAAUGCAAGACGUGCUCGUCGGCGGUGUUUGUGUCGUGAAAGGACAUGGAGCACGGAGAGGGGCCCUCUGAGUAACACCGACUGACUCAUAUUCAAGCUCGCUCCUCCAUCAAAACCACCAAAACCACCAGAUUUGAUCCACUAAAUGUAAAGGAUCCCCCAUUUUUUGCUUCAAGCCACCAUGGACAUCUUUCCCCGGCCGAGCGGUGAGAUCCAGAGGAGGAACCCCCAGCAUGACUUCGAGCUCAUUCAGAGGGUGGGAAGUGGUACAUAUGGAGACGUGUACAAGGCUCGAAACAUACAAACAGGAGAGCUUGCUGCUGUGAAGAUCAUAAAGUUGGAACCAGGGGAUGACUUUUCCAUCAUACAGCAGGAAAUCUUCAUGGUGAAGGAAUGCAUGCACCACAACAUUGUGGCCUACUUUGGGAGCUACCUCUGUCGAGAGAAACUUUGGAUAUGUAUGGAGUACUGUGGUGGAGGAUCUCUGCAGGACAUCUAUCAUGUGACUGGACCUCUGUCAGAGCUUCAAAUUGCAUACGUCAGCAGAGAAACCUUACAGGGUUUGGGGUACCUGCACACCAAGGGCAAGAUGCACCGCGACAUCAAGGGCGCCAACAUACUUCUAACAGACAACGGAGAUGUGAAGUUAGCUGACUUUGGAGUUGCAGCCAAAAUAACAGCCACCAUUGCCAAAAGAAAGUCCUUCAUCGGAACACCUUAUUGGAUGGCUCCAGAAGUGGCAGCAGUGGAGAAGAACGGUGGCUACAACCAGCUGUGCGAUAUCUGGGCUGUUGGCAUCACUUCCAUAGAGUUGGCCGAGCUGCAGCCUCCGAUGUUUGACCUGCAUCCAAUGAGGGCCUUGUUUUUGAUGUCAAAGAGUAGCUUCCAGCCUCCCAAGCUAAAAGACAAAAACAAAUGGUCCACUGCCUUCCAUAACUUUGUCAAAGUGUCUCUAACAAAGAACCCAAAGAAGCGGCCCACUGCAGAGAAACUUCUAUCGCACGUGUUUGUGGCCCAGACAGGUUUGACAAGGAGGCUCGCCGUCGACCUCCUAGAUAAGAUGAACAACCCAGACAACCACCAGCAUUACAGUGAAGUGGAUGACGACGACCUCGAGCCCCUCUCUGCAGUCAGACACACCAUCCGCUCCACCAACAAGCAUGCCAGAGCUGAGAGGACGCGCUCAGAGAUCGACUCAAACAAUGGAACAGACCAAGGAGGGCCUUUCUCAAGUCCUAGCUUCACUGAGGGACACAGGGGGGACGCAGUCGACAAGCUCCAGUUUGAACCUCCGCUCCGGAAGGAAACCGAGGCGGCUCACUCUGAAAUGGAUGUGAGUAAAGAUAAUGACUUCCCUUCCCCCUGGAGUCCCUUUGCAGAGGGAGGAAUAACAACCAGGGGACACAUUGCCCAUCUCGAAGAUGCCUUUGAAGAAGUAGAGCUGUCGACCCUGAAGCCAUGUGUACCUCCUCCUCUGCCCCCAAAGCCACGAUUGAACAGCUCCUCAGAGGACAUCGGCCUUAACGAUGAGAGGUGUCUGACCGUUCGGAGGUUCCCCAACUCGGAGAACGGACCAAGCCAGGUGGCUCGCAGACAGAGCACACCUGAGCAGGGCAACAAGGGGGAGCACUCAUCUCCAGAUUUCCUCUCAGCCAGCGUCAGCAGCCCCGGCCUUUUGUCUCACGCCUCUGAUCCUGAUAAUGAUUCAGAUGGAAGCGUGAAUGGAGGCAGUCCCAAGCCACCACCCAACCGGCAGCACCGGAAAGAGAAGAAGGAAUUCCCUAAACCAGCUAUCAACGGCCUGCCACCCACUCCUAAAGUACUGAUGGGAGCCUGUUUCUCUAAAGUGUUUGAUGGCUGUCCAUUGAAGAUCAACUGUGCCACAUCAUGGAUUCACCCGGACACCAAAGAUCAGUACUUAAUCUUUGGGACGGAGGAUGGCAUCUAUACGCUGAAUCUUAAUGAGCUGCAUGAAGCCACAAUGGAGCAGCUUUUCCCAAGGAAGUGCACGUGGCUGUACGUUAUCAACAACAACCUGAUGUCUCUAUCGGAAGGGAGAAGCUUCCAGCUGUAUUCACACAAUCUCAUCGGGCUGUUUGAACAGCUCAAGAAGCCCGGCCUGGCUGCUCAGUUCCAGACUCAUCGCUUCCCAGAUAAAAUUUUGCCCAGGAGAUUUGCCUUGACAACUAAGAUCCCCGACACAAAGGGCUGUCACAAGUGCUGCAUUGUGCGAAAUCCGUACACAGGCCACAAGUACCUGUGUGGGGCGCUUCAGUCUGGGAUUGUCCUGUUGCAGUGGUAUGAGCCCAUGCAGAGGUUUAUGCUCAUCAAGCACUUUGACUUCCCUCUCCCCAGCCCGCUGAAGGUGUUUGAGAUGCUGGUGGUCCCGGAGCAGGAGUAUCCUCUGGUGUGCGUCGCCAUCAGCCAGGGCACAGAGCCAGGACAGGUGGUCCGCUUCGAGACCAUCAACCUCAACUCCUGCUCCUCCUGGUUCACAGAGAUGGGGACCAAUAAUCAGCAGGUGGAUGCAAUCCACGUCACCCAGCUGGAGAGAGACACAGUGUUGGUGUGCUUGGACCAAAAUCUGAAGAUCGUUAAUCUCCAGGGCAGACUGAAGUCCAACAAGAAGCUGGCCUCCGAGCUCAGCUUUGACUUCUGCAUCGGAUCUGUUGUGUGCCUUCAGGAUAGUGUCCUGGCCUUCUGGAAACACGGCAUGCAGGGAAAGAGCUUCAAGUCCAAUGAGGUGACCCAGGAGAUUUCCGAUCCGAGCAGAGUCUUCCGCCUCCUCGGAUCCGACAGCUCCGGUAUUUCUUCUUUCUGCAGGGUGGUGGUUUUGGAGAGCCGACCGACCGACAACCCCACGGCCCUGAGCAACCUCUACAUCCUAGCAGGUCACGAGAACAGUUACUGAUCCUGAGCCUGGAAACUGGACCGUUCUCCGGAGGAGACGCCGCCUCAGUUUUGGGAGAAAAUAAAAAAACCUUUUCCAGACUUUGACCUCUUUGGGAGAGCAGUUGUUAUUGGGAGCGUUUGUUACUGAUCCCAGGAUGCGCAGGUCAGUAAAGGGAGGAGCCUCUUCAGCGUGGAUUCAUGAGUAGCCUUACACCAGCAGCGAGACGUUCACCGUGGCGCCGCCCGAACAGCCAGGAAACCGUUACGAGCAGCGGGCGGGAAAAAAAAGCCUCACGUGAACGUCGUUACUUAGCAAUUUUUCUCACUUUUCUAUACCGUGGACUGAGUUACAAGCAAGUUAUCUAGAGGUAUUAUCGACAAAAAAAAGUGCCAUUAAAAAUCCACAAGAGUUGUGAUUGUAUUAGGAACCAACGGGAGAUUUAUCGUGUUAUUGUCCGUCACUCAUAAUCACUGCCGGUGGCAAACGUUAGAGAUUUUACAAGCUCUGUAGUGGAGACUAAUAGAUCAGUUUUAAACAGAACAAAACCCAUGAGCCCUGUGGGUUAUUUAAGCAAUAUUUAUUAACCUCAUCGUCAGUAAAGAGUUACAGGCAGCGACGGGGCUGCGUGAGGAUUAACUACCUAGUGAACCGAUCCCGAGCAGCUUUGGGUUAUUUUUUACAGCUGUGUAAUAUAGUCGCAUCUCCUGCUCUGCUGCAUUUUUAGACCUUGGAUAUAAUGUACAUGUUUUUUUUUUUUUUUCUUUACCCUCCUCUUUUAUAGACCUUUUACUUCUCAUUAUUUGCACCAUGUAAGCACUUUUGUACAUUUUUUUUUUUAUUUAAAAUAAAAUGACAAAAUGAGGGACAAUGCUAGGUUUUAUUAACAUCUCUGCAAUCCCUUCGCUAAAUGUUUAAUGUAUACUGUUUUUUUUGUAAUAAAAAAAAAGCUGUUAACAUGA